GCGCAGUUUACCGCCAUAAUCGGGCUGUGUUGUCGUCUAGCUGAGCGGUAUCGACAGGUGAAUUUUACGGACUUCCACAGAAGUGUCCAAGCCGCGGGAGGUUAACGUUCAACAUGCAGAUCUUUGUGAAGACCCUGACUGGCAAGACCAUCACCCUAGAGGUUGAGCCCAGUGACACUAUUGAGAAUGUCAAGGCUAAGAUUCAGGACAAAGAAGGCAUCCCACCUGACCAGCAGAGGCUGAUCUUUGCUGGCAAGCAGCUGGAAGAUGGCCGCACCCUAUCUGACUACAACAUCCAGAAGGAGUCCACCCUCCACCUUGUGCUGCGUCUGAGAGGUGGUAUGCAGAUCUUUGUGAAGACCCUGACUGGCAAGACCAUCACCCUAGAGGUUGAGCCCAGUGACACUAUUGAGAAUGUCAAGGCUAAGAUCCAGGACAAAGAAGGCAUCCCACCUGACCAGCAGAGGCUGAUCUUUGCUGGCAAGCAGCUGGAAGAUGGCCGCACCCUAUCUGACUACAACAUCCAGAAGGAGUCCACCCUCCACCUUGUGCUGCGUCUGAGAGGUGGUAUGCAGAUCUUUGUGAAGACCCUGACUGGCAAGACCAUCACCCUAGAGGUUGAGCCCAGUGACACUAUUGAGAAUGUCAAGGCUAAGAUCCAGGACAAAGAAGGCAUCCCACCUGACCAGCAGAGGCUGAUCUUUGCUGGCAAGCAGCUGGAAGAUGGCCGCACCCUAUCUGACUACAACAUCCAGAAGGAGUCCACCCUCCACCUUGUGCUGCGUCUGAGAGGUGGUAUGCAGAUCUUUGUGAAGACCCUGACUGGCAAGACCAUCACCCUAGAGGUUGAGCCCAGUGACACUAUUGAGAAUGUCAAGGCUAAGAUCCAGGACAAAGAAGGCAUCCCACCUGACCAGCAGAGGCUGAUCUUUGCUGGCAAGCAGCUGGAAGAUGGCCGCACCCUAUCUGACUACAACAUCCAGAAGGAGUCCACCCUCCACCUUGUGCUGCGUCUGAGGGGUGGCUGUUAGUUAUUGUGGACCUUGCUUUACAUGAUUGCCAAUAGCAUUUGUUUUUGCACUGUAGCUCUUUAAUGUCUUAAUAUUGUAAGUUAAAUACAAGUUGCAGUAACUGCUGAACAGUCUGUGAAUGCUAAUAAAGAUUUUUGUUGCACAUUA